AUGAGCCCAGAGGAGGAGCCAGAGUACCAGACACCGCCCACCUGCGAUCUGCUCAGCCUUCUGCUGAAGAACAGACGUCCCACUGGAGCUGUCAACGAGGUUUGGCCCAACCUCUACAUCGGAGACGCGGCUACAGCUCAGCACAAAACACUGUUAGCAGAUCUGGGAAUAACGCACGUGGUGAAUGCUGCAGAUGGCCCCCAGCACAUUGACACUGGGCCACGUUUCUACAAAGACACUGACAUACAGUAUCAUGGUGUAGAAGCACCAGACUGUAAAGAUUUUGACUUGAGCCCAUUCUUCACUGAGACGGCUGAUUUCAUUUAUGGUGCACUGAGUCAGAGAGGUAAAGUACUCGUCCACUGCGCCAGAGGAAUCAGCCGCUCAGCGACUCUAGCACUGGCGUUCCUCAUGAUCAAAGAAAGACUUACCCUGGUCGAGGCUGUGGAGGCUGUCCGCAGGGAAAGAAACAUUCUCCCAAAUGUUGGAUUUCUGAAUCAACUCCGUCACUUGGACUCCUUCUUGGCCCUGCAAAGGAAAACAACAUCAAGGACUAUAGAGAAAUAAUGGAUUGAGCAUUUUGAUGUAUUUUUCUACCCUCUAGCCAGCCAUUGAAAAGUGAUUUACAUAAAG